AUGCCUGACUCCCCGGAAGAUACUUCCGAUUCAACAACAUCUCUGCGAAUCUGCCUGGAGGGACAUGCCAACGCUUUGGCCCUCAAUAACACAAACACCCAAGUCGCUGUUGCCGGGCGCAGCUUACUCAAGGUCUUUGCCAUCGAUAGCGAUGGCGGCUUCGGGUUCACGGAGGUGUGCAAUAUGCGUGGCGGGAAGAAUCAAAAUCUCAGUUAUUCUUCUAACGACGUGGCUUGGAGCAGCCUAGACAGCAACAUAUUGGCCACUGCGGCCACCAAUGGUGUGGUUUCAGUGUGGGAUCUUUCUAAGUUCGGACGACAAAAGCAGCUUUUGGUCUUUAACGAGCACGAGCGAACAGCCCACACCGUCACUUUUCACAGCACCGAGCCGAACAUAUUGAUCUCGGGUUCGCAGGAUGGCACCAUCAAGUGCUUUGACACAAGAUGUGACAAAUCUGUGAGCACGUAUUUUAGCUCUGAGUCUGUGCGCGAUGUCAAGUUCAGUCCGCACACGUUAAAUUUGUUUUCCGCUGUCUCGGAAAAUGGAAAUGUAAAAAUGUGGGAUAUGAGAAAAAGUGACAAAUGCGUUGUUCAAUACACCGCUCACAGUGGUCCCAUCUAUACUUGCGAUUGGCAUCCAACACGUAACUGGUUAGCCACCGGAAGUCGGGAUAAACAGAUUAAGGUGUGGAAUAUGGACGGUCGCGUAAACUUAGAGUAUACGAUACACACCAUUGCUGUGGUAGGGCGUGUUAAAUGGCGCCCGGAACGGACUUACCACAUUGCCAGCUGCGCCUUGGUGAUGGACUAUAGUGUGCAUGUGUGGGAUAUACGUCGACCCUAUAUACCCUUCGCUUCGUUUAAUGAGCACACAAACGUAACCACAGCCAUCGCGUGGCAGGGUAGUAAUUCGCAUUGUUUGCUAUCCACCAGCAAGGACUCCACCAUAUAUAAGCACGCAUUUAAGGAUGCCACUCGACCAGCAUUGAAGGCCAAUACCCAAGGCGCUAGUUUGGGUCGUCAUGGCGAUAUCACAUUUACCAAGAAAAUCAAGGAAUAUGCGCCAAAGACCAGUGGUGUGUCUAAUACAAAAACCACGAGUUUUAUAUCUCGCCGUAAAUCUAAUGCGAGCGGCGUUGUACAAUUCCACUUGGAUCACUCAAAGUUGUACAUGUUUAUCUUAAAGGAUACGUUAAUGGGCUACCCCGUACACAAUACAACCGCUGUGUUGCGCGUCCACGAAUCAUUUAUGGGGUGUGCACGAGAAAUGCUGCUAAGUGGCAAGAAGUUGUCCGAGUUGUGUGAGCAUAAUGCUGAAGUCUGCAAGAAGUACGGUAAACACAAUGCUACAACAUUGUGGAACUUCGUUAAACUCUUUUACGGUAGCAAUAAUUUUGAGCCGCCCUAUGAGCACCGCGCCUCGUUUUCCAAUCAAAAGAAUCCAACGAAUUCGCGCCGAACCACACAGGUAGCCAGUGAUUGGGCGCCGCAACGUAUUGAUAUGGGGCAGGAUGUGAAUGGCAAUAGUCAAGAGGCACCUCAUGAAAUAACCCAUGCAGACGAUGACGAUGCUGAAUUAGGCGGCAGUGGCAAGCAACAUCCGCCCACUAGCUCCGUUAUACUCUCGGAGUCGCAAAUUAUUAGCGAGAUAACUUUUGAUAACUUCGAAUUACUGCGCAAUGGCUUCAUUUACGUAGGCCCAGCAGAUCUCACAAAAGCUUUAGCAUUUCCGGAUACUGCCCUGCAUCACGACGUCCAAGCAGCGCGUCCACAACUAGAUCUUAAAGCGUCGGAUCACGAGAAGUCACCACCGCCACAUGUACCGAGCGUCUUGAAAGUCAGUCAAAUACCGCCCAUACCUAUGUGGGAGCCACACCAGUUUGUCGCGGACGCUUUAAUGCUCCAAAACGAUGUGGGUGAUGUACAGACAGCCCUAACUGUGCUCAUUGUUCUGGGCGAUGCUCGGAAACUGCUGCCUAUUGAGGAUGAUCUAGUUGAGCAUUGGUUCCAGACCUAUGUUGAUCAGCUCCAUCGCUAUGACCUGUGGAACGAGGCAUGCCUAGUUAUCAACCGUUCUUGGUUCCGUUCGGUGCGCCAAUUGAAUCAACACUCCACCACCAUGCACACAAACUGCGGUGAAUGUGGCCGGCCCAUGACAGCUAACGGAUGGUACUGUGAAAAAUGUAAAUCGAUGCAAUCGGCCAAGUGCUGUGUCUGCGGAUUAAUUGUUAGAGGCCUGUACGUUUGGUGUCAGGGCUGCUCGCACGGCGGCCACAUCGAGCACCUGCAGAAAUACUUUGCCAAGCACGCAAAGUGCCCAAAGUGUGGGCAUUUGUGUUCAUACUCCUGAGACGAGGAGGAUUUUGGGCCAUACUUUGACAACACUUAGUUAGAAUGGAUCCCAUUUAUACUUGUAUGCAGACUCUGUGUGGAGUGUUAAAGUUGAAGUUAAUGUAGCCAGUUAUGCGCGGCUUUGUUGAAUAGUGAAUACGUCUUAGUGAAAUUAUUAAUAUUACUCUCUAUUAGUAAAUAAGUAACAUAAAACGAAGUCACGGUAUUAUGAAUCUAGCAAGGAUCAUCUCACUUACUUUAUUACUUACAAUAUAAUAUUGAAAAGCAAGAAUUGAUUUUGUAUUUUAUGAUCCUGAGACUUCGUAUAAUUGUAAAAUAUUUGUAUUUAUUCCAAUUGGUAUGAUUAUGCACAAAGCUGCACGUUAAGGCUACUUAAUGAAGGUGCUCUUAAAGGGUAAUAUAACUACUACCUUUUAGUGCGCCCAUCGAGCAGAAGCAAAAAAGAGAAAGUAAAAAAAUUUAGUAAAUAAAAAUAGCACAAACUGCAUUUGUGUUGACUACAUGCAAA